AUGAAAGAUCUCAUAUACCUGAUCAUUGGUGAAACCACUGUGCGGAAAUCUCUUACUGUUGAUGAUUUUGUAAUUAUCGUCACGAGUGAACAGUCGGUUUCUGACUCGCAAGUCAGUUGCUUUGGCCUCCAUCGCAGACGUAUUUCACGGAUUGGCGUGUUAUUCUGUGAAAGUCGAAGGCAAGCUUCGCGUUUGAAGAGAUUGAUAUUGAACACUCCUGAAGUCGCACGUGACAUGGUUGGGAAGCUUUGUCAAGGUUUCUCUUGCGAUAUUCUAGAUGCACGACGAAUGGCGCACGCAUCAGUCGUAGACGAUCCGGAAAAACAUUUUUUGGGAAAUCUUCUCGAAGAGGACACCUCGCAGAAUCCUUUACCAUUAACAGCAGGUUCUUCGCCAUCUUUGGGAACUAUUCCUCCUGUAUCUGUUAUAAGUGGCGUUGGACCUAUCAGCAGUACAAACAGCCUUCUCCGCUCAUACUGGCCGGAACCUCCGCCACCUUAUUCCCCUCCCACUCAGAAUCCGUUCCGAGUCCCUUGGUGCAGUAGUGAAUCUAAGCCAUUUUUGAGUACGACUUCAUCGGACUUUUUGUUCCCUGGUGGACAACCGACUUUCAUAACUCAGCAGCAAAUCCAUCACCAUCACCACAAUCUUCACCAUCACACACAUACGCACAGUCUGGUCGAAAGUCACCAUCACUAUCCUAUUACAACUAUCACAGUACCUUCCCAUAGCUACUGUCCCAACUUCUUGACAGAAGACCCACUGAACAUUGGCAAUGUUAUACUAAAUGACGAAUGUCGUCGUUUCUCGUCCGAUUCUUCUAUGAAAUAUGCUACUCAAAAAAUGGGAGAGGAUGAACUUCCGCUACCCAGCACCACUUUGCUACCUAACAAACUGCCAUUAAGUUAUCGUGAUGUAGCUGCAAGAAACGAUCAAAUUACCGGCAGUGAUGGCAGUCCUCUUCCACAGGUCAAAAAGUUGCAGUCACAUCCAGGUAGCGAAAACAGUUCAAACUUCCUGAAAGUUCAAGAAAAUGUCGAUGGUGAGAGCGCUACGAUUGUAAAAACAAAAGGAAGUCGUAAGAGUAAGAGUGAUCAACCAGUUGAGUUCCAGAAGAUCACAAGGAAGAAAGUUGCUACGAAGAAAGAUAAGGCCUCCUUGCGUGCCUUCUCUUCUCUCCAUGUUGUGGGUCAAACCGCCACUGUGGACGUUCCAACGAAAUAUGAGAUCCUUCAGAAACUUAUUUUGAAGUCGAGCAAAGGGACUUUAAGUACUGGAGAUGUGUUGAUGUCCAGGCGUGAACAAGAAAACAUGCGACCAACUAUGAUGAAUGGAAGACCGCGAUCUAGCUCAUUGUUCCCUGAUAACAAUGGGGGGACUCUUGUUGACGUCCCCGUCCGGCUCAAACGUACUGUCGAUAUGACCGAGAAGAAGAAGCAAAUAUUGAACACAUCGAACAAUAUGACUCAAUCACAGCAAAGAGGCCGCAAACGCAGUGAGCGUGGUUGGAUGGAUAAGACAGUCAUCGUCAUCGUUUUCCUUUUUGGAUGGAUUGAACUUGGAUUUAAAUGGAUUCUCAAUCUGGUUGUUGAUGUGUGUCUUCAAAUUUACGCUGUCACGUUCUUCAGCAUAAUAUAUCUUUGGGGAUCUGUACACUCUCAUAUUAGACGGUUCUUCAUCAUGACAUCUAGUGCAGCUCUUUAUUCCAUCGCCUCGAUUCGCCAAAUAGACCUGCGACGCCUUCUACGCUUCCGUGAGCCUGAACCGCUGGUUUGGGGGUUAGAAGAGAAUAUUGUUCUGCCGACAACUGGUGAAGAAGCAUUGGAGCGAUUUCUUUACUCUCCAAAGUGUCAAGACGCUUAUGGGGUUCUUGGGCUUCAGGCAUCGUGUACUGAAGAAGAUGUUCGCCGUCAUUACAAGAAACUCAGUACGCUAUUGAAUCCCGAAAGAAACCCAUUGGAAGGAGCUGAAGAGGCAUACGAAAUGGUCACAAAAGCGUACCAAGUUCUAUCGACACCAGAGUCCCGUAAAGCGUACAACUUCUAUCGCAUUCGUCCAUGCAAAAGCGAUCUUCACCAUGAAAUUGGAGAAAUGUGGGACCGUGUUCGUGAAAGAAUUAAGGACUCUCGUAGUUCUAUGUACUGCGACUGUGGUCAUAGGCAUGCUAGAAUUGCUCUCGACAUCCCCCAGUGUGAAGCUCGGUAUUGCCGUCGUUGCAAAACUCGUCAUCCUGCUAGAGCCAAUGACAUAUGGGUUGAAACUCGCUUGUGUGGUUUUCUGUGGGUGUAUUUCACGUGUUGUGACGGCGUUAUCUACGACAUCACUGACUGGGCAACCUGCGAGGCAAACUAUCUCAAACAUGUACGGCCGAACUCUCACGCCGUGCAGUACCGCUUGGUUUCACCAUCUAGAAGACCUACCUGUGAUGACCCAUCUUCCCAUUACCAUCACAACGACAAAGUGCGCGAACUUGCUGACGUCGCUAAUGAAAUCCGCCCGGAUUGGGGACGUCCAGGACAUGCCCAAAUUUCAUAUCUCCCUCUUGAGCCGCGGGAUGAAGAUCGCUCCCGUCGUGCAGCUAACCGUCGCCAAAAGAAGAGAUUUGGCUUUACUUUCUACUUAUACAAUGAGAUUGGUGCUUUAGUUCUCCGAUGUGGUUCCUCAUGCCUGUUUCCGUUUGUUGCUGUUUUCGUUCUUCCUUUACAUUUAACAGGGAUAAGUCGAUGGCACUUCUCAGAAGAGUGUCGAGUAGUGGCUGUCACUAGAUGUGGAAGAUGUGAACCGCUUAAAGCUUGUAAGCGAUUGUUUCGCAAAACGAAGGAUUUUCAUUACUUCAGUAGGAUUGCUGUCGUAUCCUAA